AUGGUAAGGGAGGGAAUUGUUUUAGGCCACCGAAUCUCCCACAAGGGGAUCGAGGUAGACAAGGCCAAAGUUGAAGUGAUUGAAAAACUUCCCCUCUACCAACGAGAAAGCAUUAGAAGCUUUUUAGGCCAUGCUGGAUUUUAUAGAAGGUUUAUAAAAGAUUUUUCAAAAAUUGCAAAACCACUUACAAACAUACUUGUGAAAGACACACCUUUCAAAUUCAAUGAAGAUUGUUUGCAUGCUUUUAACAAUUUGAAAAACCAGCUGAUAACUGCCCCCAUCAUCACUGCACCUGACUGGUCACUACCUUUUGAAAUCAUGUGUGAUGCAAGUGAUAGUGCUAUUGGGACAGUUCUGGGACAAAGAAAAGACAAGAUGUUGUAUGUGAUCUACUAUGCUAGUCAUGUGGGGGGUACAAUCCCAUCUGAUUUCACUUACCAACAACGAAGGAAGUUUAUCCACGAUGCCAAAUUCUAUGUAAUGGAUGAACCCGUUCUGUACAAAAGAGGAGUGGAUGGGCUGUUGCGAAGAUGUGUGCUCGAGGAGGAAAAAUGCGAUCGAUGCCAGCGCACCGGUAACAUCUCAAAACGGGAUGAGAUGCCGCAAAAUCUUGUAUUAGAAGUAGAAGUGUUCGAUGUGUGGGGUAUUGAUUUCAUGGAUCCAUUCCCAUCGUCAUAUAACAAAGUUUAUAUUUUGGUGGCGGUGGAUUAUGUCUCAAAAUGGGUUGAAGCAAUAGCUACUCCAACAAAUGAUUCGAAACAGGUUAUCACCUUUCUCAAGAAGAACAUAUUCGCUCGCUUCGGCGUGCCUCGAGCCUUGAUUAGUGACGAAGGCACCCAUUUUCUAAACCGGAAUAUGGAAUACCUCCUAAAAAAGUAUAAUGUGCGUCAUAGAGUGGCAACCCCAUACCAUCCACAAACAAGUGGGCAAGUUGAAGUCUCCAACAGGCAGCUUAAACGAAUCCUAGAAAAGACAGUAACUGCCUCACGAAAAGAUUGGUCAACGAAACUUGAUGAUGCACUUUGGGCCUACCGAACAGCUUUUAAGACCUCCCUGGGUAUGUCACCGUAUCAAAUUGUGUAUGGUAAAGCUUGUCAUCUACCUCUCGAACUUGAACAUCGAGCAUUUUGGGCGACGAAGUACUUGAACUUUGACUCAGGCAAGGCGGGAGAGGCGAGAAUUCUUCAACUUCACGAGUUAGAGGAAUUCCGGAAUUUUGCUUAUGAGAAUGCCAAAAUAUAUAAAGAAAAAACCAAGAAAUGGCAUGACAAAAAAAUCAAAUUCAAGGAAUUCCAAGAAGGAGAACUAGUUCUCCUAUUCAACUCAAGAUUGAAGUUGUUUCCCGGAAAACUAAAGUCAAGAUGGUCGGGCCCUUUCAAGGUAACCAAGGUAUUUCCACACGGUGCCGUCGAAGACCGAAUGGCAACCCAACAAAAAACAAAACGAACUAAGGUUGCAACUACAUCUUCCGCCCCACAACACGAUGCAUUCCUAUUCAAGACCAGGGCAACACAGGAAUACCAUGCCAAACUCCCAACAGUCAACAAGUUUGGAAGUGAAAAAAAAUUUCAGUUGGAAGACGGUGAAUUUGUUGACAUCCAGGCUAUGAUUGCUUCCAGAGGAUGGGAGAAGCUGACCACAUUUAUCACCACAGCGAGCAAGUCAUUAGCUGUAGAGUUCUACUCUAAUGCCUCUGAUCUAAAGUCUGACCAACCAUUCCCAUUUGACCAAUUUGUGAGUUACAUGAGGGGAAAAAGGGUACCAUUCACACCUCAAGUCAUCAAUGAAAUCUUUGGCCUGCCGAACUAUAAUGAUUGCCGCUUUCUAGCUAUGGAAACACAACUUAUAAGAGCAAGCAGUCAGGAAAUCCUAUGCAUUUUAUGCAGACUAGGCACAGAUUGGGUAAGAAAUAGAGAUGGCUCAGUUCGGAAAUUACGCUCAGUGGACCUCACCCCGAUUGCUAAAGCAUGGAGUACUUUUGUCCAUCAUACACUAUUGCCAUGUUCGAAUGUGUCCGAUAUAACAUUUCAAAAAGCAUGUCUAAUACUUGCUAUCUUAAAAGGUGAGAGAAUUAAUGUGGGCAUGUUAAUAGCCAAGGAUAUUCGGGGCACAGCCAUUCUUGAUCCCCCGACAGGCUACUUCCAUCACGCCUCCCUGAUAGGCAAAUUAUCAAAACGAACUAAGGUUGCAACAUUUGCCUCCUCUCAACAGACACCGGGAGGCAUGUUUUAUGCUGAUUUAUUUACACCUCACCAAUAUACCGGCGACCAUAGCGGAACAGGAGCAGAUGAUCUAAACGAGGAUCCUUGA